GAAUUACGUUUGCAUCAACCAGUUGAUGUUCACGUUCGGAAAGAGACAUUCAAGGAUGCAAGGGACCUUUGUUUUACCAGUGGUAUAGUUUUCGUUUCUGAAAGAGGAUCUGGGGCAAUCCGUGUUAUUGACUUGGAAGGCAAAGUACGUUUAAAGCCGGAGGGCCUGAAAUCGCGAGCAGAACUACUUUCACAGCUGAGUCGUUUUAGUUUAUCACAGGAUGGCACAGUGCCAAUUCUUCGGAAGCGACUCGCGACACAUUUAAAAGCUUUAGCUGCACAAGUUAAGAACCCAGAAAUCAUCCAGCUUAACACGCCUUUAGUAAAACCAACGUCAAUUUGUGUGGCGAGUACAGACAUCCUUUUGUGUGCGGAUGACGAGCACCAAAGGAUUAUUCAGUUGGAAGUAAGCUGCAAUGGAGUUGCUGUCGUUGGUACUAGCAUGCGAGAAAUACAUUAUCCCGAUGGCGUUUCCAGUAUUGAAUCUCUUUGUGUGUGGAGAGGGUCCGCAUACUUGGCUGCAUCUGGUAAUGCAGGUGGGUUAUACGAUUGUGACCUGGCAAAUUCAAACGUCAAACAGCUCCUGCAGAAUUCGUCCGAUUCAUGCAGUGAAAUCAAGAGGCUGUGUCAUUAUGGCGACGUAAUUGUGUUCACUGACAUCGUAGAUAGGAAAGUCAAGACCUUCGAUCCGAAAACCUCAACUGUUAAAACAUUGAUGGGCACUGGAAAAGAAGGAACUAAUGAUGGAACUGGUGAAACCUGUACCUUUGCGCAAGUCCACGGAAUAUGCAGUUUCCAGAAUACUAUAUUGGUGUCGGACGUAGCUGCUGGAACGGUAAAAAUAGUUUCACCGCUUACUGGGACAGUGUCCUUUCUUCAAGCCCUUGGGAAGCUGUACGACAGUUUUGGAAUUGGUGCUCAUACCGUAGACGCAGUAUCACUAUCCCUUCAAGAUGCUGUGAACAAUGUUUCAUCAGUGAACGAAUAUAUUAAAAGCACAGUUGCUACAGUUAAACAGCACUACAACAUGAAAGAAGCAGCAGCAACAAAUGGUCCCCAAGGAACUGUGUCAAAGAAAACUCAAGUCUCGUUAGAACUCCUUGAACAAGGUAUGGCACGACUGCAAAAUAACUUGAAGAACAUAAAUGAGGAUUAUGUUGGUGACGUUGACCUCCGUACAUUACUGACCACUAUAGUUGAAAACCUUCAUGCAGUCUCCCACUUCAAAAACGAGACUUUUACAGCUUUACAGUAUGCUCGAGACUUUGGAACAAUUGCAAAAGAAUCAUUAAAAAGAACAACAAAAUGGAGUGCCAAAUACUUUACACAUGACAAAUCGUUUUAUCCAGUUCCAACAUCUAGUAUGGAGUUGGCAGAUGUUGAAGUGAUGAAGUCUCCAACAGCUGCAAGGAUAGAUCCUCUAAUUGAAGUAGCGAUGAAGGAGUUGGUGGAUAAAUUUCGUCCCGUGAGGCAGAGAACAGUGCGCAGUGAAACCACAAAAGACAAAGCCGGAGCUCUCCCACCAGCAGUGUAUUACACUCAACCUCCUCAUACCAAAGUAAUGUUCCACAACGACCCAACUGUUGAAGGAGAAGUAAUGGAACAAAUUACUCCGCAUAUCAUAGAUGACGAUGGGGACUCGCACGCACCCAGUAUCACGUUUGUGGACGAUAGCACUAUUGAAAUAGUUGCUGUUGUUGAAGUGCCAGAUCAAGAGGAUGAAUACGACACCGACUCAGGCACCGAUGUGGAUGAUGACGAUCACGACUCCUACCCCCACACAACAACACUCACCAGGUCCGGGCGCGCCAUUCGCGCUCAUUUUCGCCUUGACUUGUAGAGUUUGCACUAUCGGGUCUGCGCAUAUACAUUACCUUGUGAUGAAUCUGUGAUCAAGAGUUAAUUGCAUAACAACCCGUAAAUAGCGCCACCUUGGACCCUGGAAAGCAAACGAUGAAGAGGUAGACCUAAAGAGACUUGGAGACAAACCGUAAAGAAGGAAAGGGGGAGUUUAGAUUCAAGGCUUGCUUGCUGCUAAUACAUGUGCUAAGAAACAAGAGGAUGGCUAGUGAGGAUGCAACAGCCUUU